UUAUAGGUCUGUCUGCAAAUCAAUUAAUAUUGAAUUCUUCAAUUUUAGAACCCAUUAUUAUCCUUGGUAAGCCGUUUUGUAUAUGGAAAAAUCAAAUAUUUCUAGCUCGACAUUGUGAUGCAUUAUUUUUUGUCAGUGUAUUAGCUUCGUAAGAUUUUUAUUGUUUGCAGUAAACAAAAAGUGCAUGCAAGUGUUUUUGUUUAUUAUUAUUAUUUUGCUUAAACAUAAACACGCGAAAUCGGCUGAAUACGCUGCGAGGUACUGAAUCGUAAAAAAAAUCUUUUGAAUGUGAAAAUCCUACACACUAUAAUAAUUAUUGUUCAAAAUGCGCUAUGGCCAGCUUGUGAUGGGUCCCGCGGGAAGUGGAAAGUCAACUUACUGCGCCACGAUGCAGCGGCAUGGCUACGACGACAAGCGGCUGAUCAAGGUGGUGAAUCUUGAUCCGGCCGCGGAGACGUUCGAAUACCAGCCAUUCAUCGAUAUUCGCGAUCUGAUCCAGCUGGACGAUGCCAUGGAAGACGAGGAACUGCACUACGGCCCGAACGGGGGAUUGGUCUUCUGUAUUGAAUAUCUACUGGAAAAUCCCGAUUGGCUGAGGAACCAACUCUGCGGAGUGGAUAAUGACGAGGACGAGGAAGGGGUGGCCGAUGGAAUCGAAGAGCCUGACGAUGAUUAUAUUCUGUUCGAUAUGCCGGGUCAAAUAGAAUUGUAUACGCACUUGAAAGCCGGGCAGCAGUUAGCCAAACUGUUGGAAUCUUGGAACUUCCGACUGUGUUCGGUAUUUCUGGUUGAUUCCCAGUUUAUGAUCGAUGGUGCAAAGUUCUUGUCGGGGACAAUGGCGGCCCUCAGUGUGAUGGUGAACAUGGAACUGCCCCAUGUGAACAUUCUGAGUAAAAUGGAUCUGUUGAGUAAGACGAGUAAGGGACAGUUGGACAAAUAUUUGGAACCAGAUCCUCAGGCAUUGUUGGGAGAAGUUACGAAUGAGUCUUCGUGGGGACGAAAGUAUAGGAAGCUGUCUGAGACGAUAGGACUGCUGAUUGAAGAUUUUAGUUUGGUUCGGUUUACGCCACUGAAUAUCAACGACGAGGAGAAUAUUGCCGAUUUGCUGUUGAUGAUCGAUAAUGUGAUACAAUACGGAGAAGAUGCCGACGUUAAAACUACGGAUUUUGAUGCCCAAGAGCCUGACGAUGAAGACGAUGUGGAGAAGUACUAUCAUGAUUGAAGAAUAAAAUGUUGAUAAUAAAAUCA